AUGACAUCUCAAGUGGCAGGACUUCUCUUCGUCGCGACAGUGUGCUUGGGCUAUGCAUCAGUAUUCUCUGAGGUACCCAUGGACUGCUGUCUCCUCACCACUGAGACACGUUUCCCUCGCCACUUCAAGAUGGUCUCCUACCUCCUGCAGACCACAGAAAAAGGCUGUAACAUUGAUGCCACUGUGUUCAUCACUAAGACAGGGUUGAGACUGUGCACGCCCCAUCCCACAAAGAGCACGUGGGUGGCAGACUACAUCAAACGUCUGGAGCGAAACAUCUCCCUCUGGAUAGCUGAUACACCUCAGCAGUAA